GUAACAGGAAGUUAGGAAACGCAAACAAACAGCUAAGCUAACAGCAGCGACAGAACGCUAACAGAAGGAGCAAUACACGCAGAUUAAAUUAAACACGGAGCUUUAUUUAGCCUCCGAGGGGCUUUAAGAAGGUUUGAGGCCGAAGGAGGAUAAAAAAAAUCCGCCGAAAUGCCUGAAACUGAGAGCUACUCCAACCCGCUGGCCCCCGAGGGCCACGAUGUGGAUGACCACAGAGCUGCUGCUCAGUCCAAACUGACCAACGAUGAUUUUAGGAAGCUGCUCAUGACUCCGAGGGCGACGCCGUCCUCGGCUCCUCCCUCCAAGUCCAGACACCAUGAAAUGCCGAGGGACUACAACGAGGACGAGGACCCUGCAGCGCGGAGGAGGAAGAAGAAGAGUUACUACGCCAAGUUGCGUCAGCAGGAGAUGGAGCGCGAGCGAGAGCUGGCCGAGAAGUAUCGAGACCGAGCCCGAGAGAGACGAGAUGGAGUCAACAAGGACUACGAAGAGACCGAGCUCAUCAGCACCACGGCCAACUACAGAGCCGUGGGACCCACAGCUGAGGCGGACAAGUCGGCCGCAGAGAAACGUCGGCAGCUCAUCCAGGAGUCCAAGUUCUUGGGUGGUGACAUGGAGCACACUCACUUGGUGAAAGGUCUGGAUUUCGCUCUGCUGCAGAAGGUGAGAGCUGAAAUCACCAGCAAGGAGAAGGAAGAAGAAGACAUGAUGGAGAAAGUCCAGAAGGAGGCCAAGAAAGACGUGGAGCCUGAGGAGAAGAUUGAGUUUAAGACCCGUCUGGGUCGGAGCAUCUACCGCGUGGUGUUCAGGUCCGGCCUCUAUGAGAGGAACGAGCUGUUCCUCCCCGGUCGGAUGGCGUACGUUGUGGACCUGGACGACGAGUUCACCGACACCGACAUCCCAACCACUCUGAUCCGCAGCAAGGCCGACUGUCCCAGUAUGGAGGCCCAGACCACUCUGACCACCAACGACAUCGUCAUCUCCAAGCUGACCCAGAUCCUGUCCUACCUGAGGCAGGGGACACGCCACAAGAAAAUCAAGAAGAAGGACAAAGGUAAACUGGACGACAAGCGAGCUCCCGAGGCCGACAUCAGCAUCUUUGAUGACAUUGGAGACUACAUCCCGUCCACCACCUCGUCCUCCAAACCCUCCAAAGACAAGGACCGACACCGGGACAGAGACCGAGAUCGGGAGAGGGAGGAGGACAGCAAGAGCCGCAGACACACCUACUUCGAGAAGCCCCGAGGAGACGAGCAGCAGGUGAUGGAGGUUGAUGCAGGCCCAAGUUCAGUCAGAGAGCAGAUCAAGAUGAUCAAUGAGAAGUUUGCAGGCGCUGCAGGCAGCCAGUGGCAGGACCAGGAGCCUGGACCUGGGAGGAGAGACUCCGGCAAGGAGCAGCUGGGAGAUUUCUUCGGAGGAUCAAACUCCUACGCAGAGUGUUACCCCGCCACAAUGGACGACCUGGCUGUGGACAGUGACGAGGAGGUGGACUACAGCAAGAUGGAUCAGGGUAAUAAGAAGGGUCCACUGGGUCGUUGGGACUUCGAUACUCAGGAGGAGUAUUCAGACUACAUGAACAACAAGGAGGCUUUGCCCAAGGCUGCGUUUCAAUACGGCAUCAAGAUGUCUGAAGGCAGAAAGACUCGGCGCUUUAAGGAGACGAACGAGAAGGCCGAGCUGGACCGACAGUGGAAGAAGAUCAGCGCGAUCAUCGAGAAGAGAAAGAAGAUGGAGGCCGACGGGGUGGACAUUAAAAGGCCAAAGUACUGAAGAUCUUGUUUGUUUACGUGUUUAUUUCUCCAUCAGAUUGAUAUUGUGAUUUGUGUUAACCCGCUUGUAGAGUUGUGAUUGUGCAUCAACAAAACAGCCAAUAAAAACAUGAUGACCCAG